CAAAGUCCGGUACUCCGGCCCUAUAAAAUCGCAACGAUUUUUUUCAUCUCUCUCCACACCAGUUCAAACCGUUCAUUUCACCAUUUUAUUUUCCCACAAUUUUCCCCAGAAAAGAAAAUUAAUAAAGCAAAACAGAUGGCUCCGAUCUUAGCGGCACGGCGGAGGGAAGGAGGGGCGGGGGCGGAGGAGGAGCUGCGGAAGAGGUACGAGGAGAUGGAGAAGGAGCUGAGGAGCAGCCGGGAGAGGGAGGAGAAGAUGAGGAGGGAGCUGGAGAGGACGUGGGAGCGGCUGAGGGUGGCGGAGGAGGCGGAGGAGCGGCUGAGCUCUCAGCUCGGGGAGCUGGAGGCGGAGGCGGUGGACGACGCUCGGGCUUACCGGGCUCACAUUACGGCGUUGAUGAAUCAGCUAACGGCGGCCACCAAUCUCAUCCCCGCCGUUUCUUCUUCCGUUAUUAUUAGUAGUAAUAAUUAAUAAUAACUGCGGCGAUUCGUUGUAGCUAACUGUAAUAAUUUGUGAUCGCAAGCAGCUUUUUUUGUUCUCUUCUAAUAAUUUGUACAACCUAUUUGUUUAAUUACUAGUGUAUAAAUAUAUAUAUGCUGUGUUUUGUGAGUGGAUGUUUGAUGAAAUCUAUAUUUUUAGCUUUAAUAUAUAUAUUCAUCCAAUUUUAUUAUAUUCCAAUAAACUUUCCAUGAUUAU